AUGCGACAGAUCCAGGUUCUCCUGAUAUUCCUGCUGAUAUCCUGAUUGAUCCUUCUGGAUUCAACUGUUGUGUCUGACUUGAAUCCGGAGUAAAAAUCCAUGAGAUCCGAGGAAUGACUCACGCCUCUGAGCCUCGUUGAUCCACAUCCAACUUCUGUUUUUACUCAUCAGCCGACAGGAAGCAUGAAGCUCUGAGGCGUUACGUGUCAACUCCUCCAGACUGAUCUGGACCGGCUGCACCAGAUUUAGUGAAAGCAGAACUUUUGUGGUUCUGGUCCAGAUGAAGCCGCAGAGGCAGGUGCACGGUGGGAUUAAAAGGAGAGUUCUGAUGUGAGGUGACUUCGGGGAUAGAAAACGGGAGGUUCUGAGCUGCUCUCUGAAGGCUUCAGACACGUCUGUGUCCCGGACCCAGAACCAGAACCCGGAUCUUCUGUUUGUUCUCCUUCUUCAUCCUUAAGUGUUUGAAAACCAGAUGAUUAAAUCUGCUAAUUUUACAAUCCUCCCUAACUCUAAUCCCUUGUGGAUUUGGGUGGACAACUCUUCAUUGUGCAGCAGGACAGCAGCGCUGUCCGUCACACAUGACACUUCCCCUCUCAACUCCAGGUGUGCUCAGGUGAAGUUAAUGCUUGACCUUUGACCCUUGGGGUCGUUGAGAUCGAUGAACACAUGAACAUUUCUGAUUUCACUCAGGAAUGUGAGGAUGAACUGGUUCAUUCUGAUUCCCAGAUGCACGUGACAUUGAGUGGACCGUACACCUCUGCUGGGCGGAGCUUGUCCUCAUUUGGACCCGCCCCCUGUUCCCUGCGACAGCGCUGUGAUUGGACUGUGGAUAAUCCCCGCUUUGAUGCUGUUUGGAUCCAGAUCAGGUCGUUUCCGUUGUUUGAUCAGAUGAGACCUCUGGAAGUCUCCUGAGACUCUCUGCGUCCGACUCUUCUUCUGCUGCCGCUCUUGUUGUUUGGUGUUUUUCUCAUUAGUGACGCCUGCUGUUUAACAGGAGAACUGCAAUCUAAACGCGUUUUCCUCUCUGAUCAACUGAUCUCACAGAAGAAAGCAGGUAAUCGUGUGUUUUGGGAUGGAAACACAUUCAGCUCCGGAGUUCCCGACAGGUUGGAAGCAGUCUGAUUCCCUCUCGAACCCUUUCUGAGGUUUUUACUGACAGGAGACCAGCUUUUAUCAUGUCGUCUUCCCUUUCUGUCUUGGAUUGUUGGGAAUCGUAUGAUCCAACCCUAAAAUCCGGACGGAUGGGACUUGGCUGGUCUCGGACCAGAUGAGGCUCAAAACAACAUUUUCUAUUCCUUCAUUUCUUCCCUUUUGUUUAGUUUCAUUGUUGAUCCGACACCUUCUCCUCCCUUUCUGUCAUCGGAUUUGUUCCUAAUCCCUCUUUUCCUUUCUACUUCCUGUGUGUCACGUCUCCACUCGUGAACACUAUCACAUCCUCCCAAUCCCAGUUUUAGUUUUCUCCCUUUUCUUUGUCUUCUAAAUGAACUUUUCCACUCGUCUUUCCUAAUCGUAUUCCUUCUCCUCAUCAGUUUUCCCUCUCCACCGCUGCCGCCCGUCUCCUCCUCCCGUUCUCCCUGGUUUCUGUCUCACUCUGUCUCUGUUGUGUUUUUUGACAGGACGGCCUUACAUGGACACUCCGUGAUGCUCCCUGAGGUUCGCCAGAGGAGCCGGGAGGAGCAGGAGCUGAAAGAGGAGGAGGCUGCGGACCCAUAAUCUCCGGAGCAGAGAUCACUUAGAGGCGGCGAGGCAACCGUUCUGUCUAUGCUGCAACUUCAGGGAGCAUCAUCACAAUUUAAUAAGAGUCUGAGAGACGAGCAGGAGUCGCGCCUCCUUUUGCUCCUUUAACUCCUUCCUUCCUGGAUCAGAAAUCCCGCAGCAAUAAGCAGCCUUAUUAAAACAGCUCUUAUUAAUCUGAGACUUUGUUGUUUGGAGGCAAACAGAACCCGUUCCGUCGUCUCGUCUUUAACAUUAAUGGACACAAAAAGGCAUUUUCACCCUGAGCAGCGUCUUGCAGGACUUAACUCCGUAGAAAACUGCAGAGUUGCAGACUUCCUGUCUCGACUGAACUCUUCUGAUUUUUCAUGGCUUGACACCCGCUGACCUCUGACCCUUAGCCCCCUCCCUGAAUCCUCCUCCAACAUGUCCGGCCGUCCCGUCUCUCACUGCACCAGGGAAUCCGACCAAGUGGCGUGAAGCCAAGCCUUACCUCAGACUCAUUAGCUCCACCUUGCUCCUGCCUUGCUGCCCCCAGGAAAAAACCUUCAGCUUCAGGUCAGACUCUCUAAUCCAAGAUGGCGGCUGGCGUAGCAACAUGGCUGCCAUUCGCACGGGCGGCGGCUGUAGGCUGGUUGCCGCUGGCCAAAAAGACGAUGCCCAAACCUCCAGUGGACAACUCAUCCAGAUCUGACGAGAUCCUGUACGUCAACGUCAGCGGAGUCAGGUUUCAGACGUGGAAGAACACGCUGGACCGCUACCCCGACACGCUGCUGGGCUCCUCGGAGAAGGAGUUCUUCUACAACGAGGACACGCAGGAGUAUUUCUUCGACCGAGACCCUGAGAUGUUCCGGCAUAUUCUCAACUUUUAUCGCACCGGGAAGCUUCACUACCCUCGACACGAGUGCAUCCAGGCGUUCGACGAGGAGCUGGCCUUCUACGGCAUCGUGCCAGAGAUCAUCGGGGACUGCUGCAUGGAGGAGUAUCGAGACAGGAAAAAGGAGAACCAGGAGCGUCUGGCUGAGGACACGGAGGCCAAUGAGGCGAUGGACGCCCCCCUUCCUCCACACAGCACUCCCAGGGAGCGCCUGUGGCGAGCAUUCGAGAACCCCCACACGUCCACCAUGGCGCUGGUCUUCUAUUACGUCACAGGCUUCUUCAUUGCCGUGUCUGUCAUUGCCAACGUGGUGGAGACUGUCCCCUGUCGGCCUCCUGAAGGGAAGGUCAAAGACCUGCCUUGCGGUGAGAAAUACCAGCUGGCCUUCUUCUGCAUGGACACGGCCUGCGUGCUCAUCUUCACCUUUGAGUACCUGAUGCGUCUGUUUGCCGCUCCGAGCCGCUGUAAGUUCAUGCGUUCAGUGAUGUCUGUGAUCGACGUGGUGGCCAUCAUGCCCUACUACAUCGGCCUGGUGAUGCCGGAGAAUGAGGACGUGAGCGGCGCCUUCGUCACCCUGCGGGUUUUCCGAGUCUUUCGGAUCUUCAAGUUCUCGCGUCACUCUCAGGGUUUGAGGAUUUUGGGCUACACGCUGAAGAGUUGUGCUUCCGAGCUCGGCUUCCUGCUCUUCUCCCUGACCAUGGCCAUCAUCAUCUUCGCCACCGUCAUGUUCUAUGCGGAGAAAGGCACCAAGGGCUCAACCUUCACCUCCAUCCCGGCCUCCUUCUGGUACACCAUCGUCACCAUGACAACGCUGGGGUAUGGAGACAUGGUUCCAAACACCAUCGCAGGGAAGAUCUUUGGCUCCAUCUGCUCUCUCAGCGGCGUCCUGGUGAUCGCCCUGCCGGUUCCUGUCAUCGUGUCCAACUUCAGCCGGAUCUACCACCAGAACCAGAGAGCGGACAAGAUGAGAGCACAACAGAAAGUCCGUUUGGCUCGGAUCCGGAUGGCAAAGAAAGGAACAACCAAUGCCUUCCUCCAGUAUAAAGAAGACCAGCAGCUUGGAGACCGGGACAGCGACAGCACGGCUCUGUGUGUGAAGAACCGCUCAGCCUUUGAGCACCAACACCAUCACCUGCUGCACUGCCUGGAGAAGACGACGAACCACGAGUUCACGGAUGAGCUGACCUACAGCGAGCUCUGUAUGACCGAGUCUGUUGGCUUCAGAACCAGUCGCAGCACCUCCCUGUCCAGCCAGCAGGGGGCCCAGAACAACUCCACUGGCUGUUGCCCCCGCCGGGCCAGAAGAAGAGCUGCUAUGCGAUUGGCUAACUCCACAGUGUCGGUCAGCCGAGGCAGCGUUCAGGAGCUGGACACCCUACAAGUGAAGACCACCUCCAUCCCGCCGCAGAAUCGCUCCAGUCUGAACGCUCAGCCUAGAGACCUGAAGCUGAACUGCGGGGAUCAGGAUUUCACGGCUGCCAUAAUCAGCAUUCCCACUCCGCCCGCCAACACUCCGGAUGACAGCCCCCCACCCUCUCCCGCCCCCGGUAUUCUACGCAACACCCGGGCCACCGCCUUCACCCAUGAAACUGUCAAAAUCUCCUCUUUAUAACCUUUGACCUCAGAUCCUUUUCUUUGGGCCCUUCCGGACCUGAUCCCCUUCUGAACCCGGUUCUGGAUCUGGGCCCCAGCUGGCCCUGGUUUUGAACACUAGGACUACCCAGAUGGACCCAUAGACUUCUGUGGACUGCCUUUGAAUCUUCUCAUUGGUCCCAAUGGGCCACCAUCAGGAGAAUUCCCACCCUCCUAAACGCUUUACCAACCUGGUACCAAUCGGAUAUCUACCCAUCUCACUGCACAGAGCAUAAGCAGGUCCAUCCUGGGGUGUUGAUGGAACAGAACCUUCCCCAGAUCUGAGAACCAACAGUUAUAGUUCUUUCAGAUCUUUUUGCUCUUAAUGGAACUCUUCAUUGAGGAUAACGGAGAGUUGGAAGGAGAAGACUCCUUCCUGUAAAGGUUUGUCCCAUUUAGAUUUAUCCCUGAGGCCCAGAAACCUUCGGUUCUGGACUGUGGUCCAGUUUAGGCUGUUGGUGAGAAUUCUCAGGUUGAAGAACUUAAAGGACCAUAAUGCUGCUAUUACAGGUGAAUCUACCAGAACUGAGCUGGGACGUCUGAGCUGUGCAUCACCGGAUCUUUGAAAUGGACCCGUUGAACACAGAACCAGACGGGUCCCUGAUGAACAGCUUGACUGUAGCUUCUAUGACCCAGAACCAGAACCGAGAGCCUUUUACUCCUCAACAUAUGCAAUGUUACAACGAGCAGGAAGCAACUGUAAAAUGACCCAGAAUCCAUUUGUUCUGUGUGGUUUCCAUAGAGACACUAAAUGUUCUGAAACCUAUUUAGACCCGAUCUGUGGCAUGAGCGUGAUCUGGCCUGAUGACGUGCACUUUGGACUCAAACAUCUUUCAUCGACCUCUAGCUCUGAGUGUACCUGUGGUUCUGAUCAUGACUGGUCAGCUGAAACAACAUGGCUGACACCAAAAGUUCCUGAUGCUCUAGAAAGGGGGUGUUUCUCAAAGCCAAGGAACCUUGCCUUGAUGUCUUGGCCCCGCCCCGGUUGUCUAGGAGAUACGUCAUCGGGAGCUGCCGAGAUGUGUUCCAUUCGGUUCCAAUGUUCAUGCUCCACCGAGGCGUGUGUUCACCGUUGAUUAGCCGUUUAGCUAGCUAAGCAAGGAUACACGGGAGGUGUCUUGUAGCCUAGCCUUGGUCAAACAUUACCCAGAAUGCACCGCGGUAUUUUCAAAAAGACGGCAGAUCAGAAACCGGCGGCUACUUCAGAGAUAAAUUUCAAGAUUAAAAGUAAGUCAGCUAAUUUAAAAAUGUUUUUUUUUUUUAGAUCCAAAGAAGCUAUCUAUGGUUGGUUAGUUGCUUAGUAGUUGCAGCUUCGGUGGCUUACGGGUAGUAACUCACUUACAUAUUUAAUUUAACAAACAUAAACACAAUUUUAAAAGUAAAAGUCUCGUUAUAUAUUUAUAUUGAAACUAAUGCGUAUAAAAUACAACGUUAUCUCCCGUGUCACUUGACGUUACGUGACCACCGUGGAAGCCGCGGCCACGUGAUGCAAGUCUGUUCCAUUUAUCCGUUUUCUUUGACCAAGGAAGGACAAUGUCCUCGUAAGUAAGGCACCUGGCCUCGCAAGGCCAGGUGCCUUGACAUUGAGAAACACCCCGUGUCUUACCGUCCAGGAACUUUUUUCAGGUAGCAUAAUUAGCCACUUUUGGACAGAGAACCAUCCCCUUAAGCCUGAUUUAUACUUCUCCGUCUGUGUCGGUGUGGAGCAUCGACAUAAAUAUACUGGACAUCUCCUUUCCAUAGGCUCCAAUAUCACGUUUUUGAGGCCAAAUGGGAGGUGGCCACCACCGCCAUUUUGACCGUGUCACAGGUUCCGUCAAGCCCAGACAAUUCCACAAAAGGGAAGAGAGGAGGAGCUGAGGGUGGGGCUGUAAGGCUGGGAUCAACUGACGACACCCGGUCGAACUAGCUACAAGCUAACCUGAAGCUAACCCUGGCUAACACGAAGCUAACGCGGAGGUGGGAGCUAAGCUAACAGAGGUAGCAGCCUAGCUACAACCGGAGUUAACUGUGCACAACACCAGAGCUUCUGAGUCAGAGAUACGCCGGGCUGACCGCUGGGUAAAACCGGGUGGAACACAGAGGUCUCCCGAGAGCUCCACAAGCCGAUAGUGGGAACCCAGCUCCACCAACAUGUUAUAUUUCAACCCAUUUUCUAAAGUGCAGCAUUAUGUUAAAUGCACUGGGUUUUACCCUAUUACAUUUAAAUGUCAUGGUUAAACAGUACAUGUUAAAAUCUAAGCUCAGCUCGGCAGUGACCUAAAAUACAUAAAUAUAAUUUUACUUACCGAAGAAAAUGAAGUGGAGACUCCUUGGACGCUCUAUUAGUGCAAUUAAUGCCACAGCAAGUCAUUUUGUCCAACUAUUGCACAAAUAAUAUCCAAACAAGAUUACACAAACACAGAGACUCAAAAUCCCGGAACAGUUUCCAGGCCAGACCGAGGCUCUACUGAGGCCUUUCCACGGAGCUAGCUCUGUGGUCACGUGGGUCUGAUGCUCAUUAAUUAUACAGAAUUUUAGGCUUUUAAUACACUUAAACAGAAGAGUGAGAAAAACAUUCACCCCCCUCAGAGUUGUCAUGAGUGUAAACUAGAUCAUUUAAACCAAAAACAUGUUUUGGUACCAGGCUGUAAACAUGUUUAUUUCUGCUGUGAAAUUGGUAUUUUUAACAUGGGAGUCAAUGAGGAUUUGCUCGCUUCUGACACCAGCCCCUAGUGGACGAGGGUGGAACUGCAAUUUUUGGUAUUUCCGGGUUUGACUCAAUUUUAGAGCUCCGUUGUUGGGGCUUGAUGCGGAGACACGCAACGCCAUUAUGCGUCGGUUGCAGGGCUCUCCGACGGGCUCACAGAGGGUGACGAAGACACGCCCAAAAUUUUAAACAUUUGUCGAAAGUGAUGGAGAUGACAAGCUUGUAAUUGGUCAGGAGACCGCUUCCUGAAAAUUGGUCACUAGCACCGCCGAAAAAGAUAUUUAGCGGCAGACCCAGAACUGAUUGAAGAACGCAUCGUAGAAAAAGUCUGAAAACAUCAACGUUUCUUCACCCGUGACUGAAGGAGUACACAAUAUGGAGCAAAAGUGGAGGGAAAUGGCGGUAAACGUGGGUUUAGAGCUGGCCACUGAGGUGAAGGAGAAUAAAGAGCAAAUUUAUCCGUGUUAUAAAGUCUCUGAAAUCUAAAAACACAUUAGUAAAUACACCAUCAGGGACCGAAUACACAAGUGUUAUGGUGGCAGGAAACCUCAGAAAACCGCUACGCCCUCUGUUCCCAUGUGAAAACCUUUCCGACACUCCGUGUGUCUCUCCAUUGUAGAGAAGUAUACAUCAGGCUUUAGUAUUUAGUUCUAAAAACAAACUUCAACAACAAAAAGCUGCAAAAGUUUCCUUCAGUCUAAAGCGGCUAUAGAUCUGUUAUCUGUCUCGGUGUUCCCACUCAGGAAGAGCCGAUUACGAGGGCAGAUCUUUACUAAUAAGAACACAGAGCUCUGCGUGUGUGUUGGGAUUCAUCCGGGGGGAUGAGAGUGAAACUUCCCUGUGCCUCCAGGUUGGGGAACGGACCACACAGCAGCUCAGAGUACCCGCCUCUUUAACUUCUGGGAAUGCCCGAUGGAUGAAUCUCCCACCAGAGCUUCGACUGUGUCUCGAGUGUUGGACGUUGAAUCCGAACAGGACUGGAUCCACUCUGCAGCUUCUGUUAGCUGCUUUUGUGAAUCCUGUCUUUGGAAAUUCCACCAAAACAAUAAAAACAAACAUAAACUCUCCCAGCAAAGCUUAAAUUCUAGGAGACAAAUAUGGACGUUUAUGAUGAUUGUCCAGUAGUUUGUAUCUCUAGUGCAUGCCAUCAGCCCAGUGCACACUCACGCACACCACUGGCCUUGUGCACGCCGCUGACCUCCUGUGAACUCAGCUGGAGCCUCUGUAUGGUCGUUUCCUGGUUCUGAUCCGAGGUGUGAGACGGGGGAACGUAGACUCUGUAACAUAUUUUGUAUCAUAAACUCUCCCAGCAUCCUCCACUCCAGCCUCCCCCAACCAAAAAGACUCUAAGAACCUAACCAAGAGGCGGAGGCGGUCGUCCGGCGCCUCCCCGUGCAUGAGCUCCUCCAGUAGAAGUAGCACUACUGAUCAUUUAUCAGCUUUAUCAGAGAAAAUAAGAGACAAACAGCACAGUGGGGAGAAAACCGUCCUCUCGUUUUGCAUGACGUUGGUUUGUUUGACCUCGCACCGAGAAAUCCAACUGAUUGAGUUGCUGAUCACUCAGGCAUGCUCCUUGUCAGGUGUGUGUGUGUGUGUGUGUGUGUGUGUGUGUGUGUGUGUGUGUGUGUGUGUGUGUGUGUGUGUGUGUGUGUGUGUGUGUGUGUGUGUGUGUGUGUGUGUGGUGAGCUGUCACUAAUAUGCAUGAAUACCGUUGUAGGUAUUGUAUCUGUUUUCUCCUGCAGCAGAGACCGAGGGCAAAGGGACAAGACUGAACUUAUUUGUUCUCAGACAGAGAAUCGAAAACCUUUCCCUCACAUUUUCAUGCUUCAGAAUGCAGGUCAUAUCCAGGAGUGACGACAGAAGGUCUAUCAGAUGUCUUCAUCCAUCAUUUCUAAGCAACAGCAGAAAAGUCACUUUCAUUUGUUUAUUUUUAUUAUUUACAGCCAUAUUUUUGCUGUUUUGGUUCUGGACCCGGGCAUUUGCCCGCUGACUCCAGAGGGUUGUGUUUAGCCUCCAAUCUCAUACACACGAUGACAUCAUCGUGGUCUGAUACGGACCGGAGAAGUUAGUCCUGAUGUUGUCAGAUGUCAGCUCUGAUAUCAGCAAAAGCCUUUAAAGUGCUCAUUCACCUGUUACUUUCAAUAAAUCUGCUGUGGUCUCUAGGAAUGAA